AUGAAGGCUGCUGGUAUUUUGGCCCUGAUGGGCUGCCUGGUCACAGUCGUUGAGCCCAAAAUCUACACUCGAUGUAAACUGGCAAAAAUAUUUUCGAGGGCCAGCCUGGACAAUUACCGAGGCUUUAGCCUUGGAAACUGGAUCUGCAUGGCCUACUAUGAGAGCCACUACAACACCACGGCUCAGACCCAACUGCAGGACGGGAGCACCGACUAUGGCAUCUUUCAGAUAAACAGUGACACGUGGUGCAGAAAUACAAAGCUACAAGAGAAAAACCGCUGUCAUGUGGCCUGCUCAGCCUUGAUGACUGAUGACCUCACGGAUGCAAUUAUCUGUGCCAAGAAAAUUGUUAAAGAAACAGAUGGCAUGAACUACUGGCAAGGCUGGAAGAAGAACUGUGAGGGCAGAGACCUGUCUGAGUGGAAAAAGGGAUGCGAGGUUUCAUGA